AGCGGUUCCGAGGACCAUCCGGUGUGUCACCAUCAACGUCAAUCAGUCCAUAGAGGCUAUGUAAAGUAACGCAGGUUGAGGAAACAAAGAUCUUGCUUCGAAUGUUUCAAAUUGCUCUCUGCACCGUUUUCAUAAUUACUUGUAUGGCUCAUCUCGUAACAUUUACCGUACAGCAAAGCUUAACACUAGACAGUCACAUUCUUGGUUUCAAGAUCCCCGGUCCCUCCCUCCCCGUCAUUCCCCAGAUCUUCAACGUCAUCUUCAUUGCAUUAUAUAAUCAUGUUUUCGUUCCGGUUGCUCGGAGGAUUACAGGAAUUCCCACUGGAAUCCGGUAUUUCCAACGAAUUGAGGUUGAAAUUGUGCCAUCCACCAUCUCCAUGGCUGUCGCCGGAGUUGUGGAAACGCGACGGAAGUCUGUUUCUGUACAACAUAACGUGGUGGACUCAAAAGAACCGCUGCCCAUGAGUGUGUUCUGGCUUGGGUUCCAGUACGCUAUAUUUGGAUUGUCUGAUAUGUUCGCCCUCGUAGGACUUUUAUAUUUCUACUAUGCACAGAGCUCUGCCGGAAUGAAAUCAAUAGGCACUGCCAGCUUAAACUGUUCGUUGGCGUUUGGGUACUUUACGAGCUCAGUGGUGGUGGAGGUGGUGAACUGGGUCACUGUUGGCUGGCUGGCUAGCAACAAUCUGUACAGAGAGAAGCUGAACUACUUCUAUUGGCUGUUAUCAGGGAUGAACAUGGUGAAUUUUUUUAUCUUCUUGGUCUGUGCCUCUUGGUAUAAAUAAAGAAGGCGGAGGUGAGACAACCGGAAGAAUUCUCCGGUGACACUUAAAUCCGCCGGAUUUAUCGUCACUGCAAUAAUGGAACUGUCCGAGU